CGUCCACAGUCGAACAAGAUGAGCCUCAGCGACAAGGUGGUGAUUGUGACGGGGGCAAGCAGCGGCAUUGGUGCUGCCAUCGCCCAGGUAAUGGCCCGUGAGGGAGCACAUUUGUCGCUGGUCGGACGCAACGUUAAAAAUUUGGAGGCGACCCAAGCGACAGUCCAGCAGCUAUAUAAAGGCGUCCAGACACUCACUGUGGAGGCCGAUGUGACCAAGGAUGCGAAUGCAAUAAUACAACAGACGCUGGACAAAUACGGACGCAUCGAUGUGCUGGUGAAUAAUGCCGGCAUUUUGGGUAACGGCCCGCUCAUCGAUCUGGACAUGGACGAAUUCGAUGCGGUGCUCAAUACAAAUCUGCGCGCCGUUGUGGUCCUCACCAAGGCAGCUCUGCCGCAUCUGAUAAAGACAAAAGGCGCUGUGGUCAACAUUAGCAGCUGUGCCGGCAUCCGUCAUUUUCCCGGCGCCCUCUCCUACGGCAUAUCGAAGGCGGCACUGGAUCAAUUCACGAAAAUCGUCGCGCUGGAGCUGGCGCCGCAGGGCGUCCGUGUGAACUCGGUGAAUCCGGGCUUUGUGGUCACCAACAUACACAGUCGCAUUGGCAUUGUGGACGAGGCAUACAAUACGAUGCUCGAGCGCGCCAUCAACUCCCAUCCCAUGGGCCGUGUCGGCGAUGUGUUUGAGGUGGCCGAGGCCGCCGCAUUCCUGGCCAGCUCCAAGGCCAGCUUCACCACUGGCGCCCUGCUGCCCGUCGAUGGGGGCAAAAAUAAUUUUACGCCACGCUAAAUGACACAAAGUAUUCCCAGCUAUUCAUAUGUGUAAAUGUUUCUCUUUUUUUUUCUGCUUUCUGUUUUCCUUUUUGUUUUGUUCAUUCUUUUGUGCUGUUUAAGUGAAAUACAUGUAAAAUGAAUUUGGUUUCA